AAAUAAUGUAAUAGUUAUGAAAAUCAAUGCAAGGAUGAAAGUUUGCCUUGGUUAUUGAGAUAGAAAUGUCAAGUAUACGUGCAAGUUUGUAGUUUGGGAUACCAAGAAUAUAAUUAAUGGGAACAACCAAAAAAGCAAGUGGCCUUGUUGAUACUCCUGUUGAACUUGGUGUACCUGUGAGAGUUAGGUUUUAAUUUAUUGGCAAAAUUGUUUAAUGGGAUUCCAAUGACUAAGGAGGUGCUCAGUGAUUUGAGGAGCAUUAUUUAUUUAAAGGGGAUAUUUGUGGUUGUAAUAAUAAUCUUGAGAUUGAAGGUUGUUUGCUGGUUCAGCCGAAAUGCUUGGGGUAGUAAAUAAGUUGUUUAGAUGAUUAUGCCUUAUUUCUUUAUUUUUUUUAUUCAGUAAAUAUUAUAUCUUCUUCCUUAAUUCUUAUGUUGUUAUAACGUCUUUCUCCAGUGACCACAUUGUUCCUGUGGUUGCAGGAUAUAGAGCAGCUUUUGAAUUUCAUUGGUGUUAAGAGUUUAGGACCAAGACACGUAUUAGCAAACUUAAAGGAGCUACUGAGGACCAUUCAGUCUCGAGAGUACAUAGAUACAUGAUUUGGUUUGUAGGGCCUGACUGUACGCUUGGCUACUUACUGUAAAUGGAUUCAUUAUAUUCUUACAGCCGGUGCAAAAAUUUUUGACCCAGCACCUUUGAUAGAGCCUUGUUAAUUACAGACAUUUUCAUCUUAAAGCAAAAUCAAGUUCAAAUUCGUAU